GUGUUUCAGGCUGGCUGAGGCCUACAGCUGACACAGGUACGGUUACUUCUGAAGUUUAUACCAAAGUUUAGACAAGACUCAGUGCAACCAGUGGCGCUCUGUCAAUCUCAAGUGUGCAAUAAUAACUUUCUGUUGAGAGGAAAGAGUUUUCUGCUGGUUGUACUGAGCUGGAAAAGAGACUCUGAGUGACUUCCUUCUUUGAGCUGGACGCACACCGUCUAAUUCAUGUUAUGGCGCCUAGCACUCCAUGCUGGAACAAGAAUGUCCAGGAAAUGUUGUGCCUCUGUCUUCAACAACUCGAGCUUUUGAAGAAAUGAAAAAUAUGUUGGGAAAUCACAUGUGAUCAGCUUUUGUCAUUGGCUGGAAGUUGAGUUGCGAGUAAAAAUGAGUCACGGAGGACAAGAAAAUCAGGGGACGGGGCUGAGAGACGUCUUUGACAUACUAGUUAAAGCACCUCCGGAGCGACUGCUGAGCCUGACGUUCCAGCUGGGUGAGUCUCCUGAAGAUAAUAUCAUACACGCCUUGUGUCUGAUCGUUCUCCAGAGGGAGGCGCAGGCCCUGGACAAACUCCAGACGCUGAGGGACAACUACCUCGCUAAACAUCUGGCUGAAAAGUGGCAGAUGAGCGGAGGUAAAUUAGAGGAUUUUGCCAUUCAUUGCGGCCAUUUCCAAGAGUUUACACGGGAAUCUUUGGCAGAGCUGGCUCGCAUUUUCAAAUUCUUAUCAGAGCACAGGCUGUGUGAUCCACUUCUGAGAAAUCUGGCCUAUAAGAGAGCCGUUUCCAGUGACGACCAAAACAGGAGCAGUUGUGAGUAUCUGGAGUACGAUCCACUCAGAGAGGAAGCUAAAGUUGUCUGUGGGCCUCACUUUGAAGAGAGCAUGUGCUCGCCGGCAGACCCCAGGUCAGCGUGUUCCUGUGAUCCUCAUGGCAGCCUGGAUGAGAGAAGCACAACUUUAAAAGUGGGGCUGUCCCACGAUCAGUCAGAGAGAGCUCGCAGUCUGCCCACCCCACUGCAGGCGAGUUCCUCAAUGCCCUCAUACCCCACUCAUCUAGAGAUAAGUAUGCCUCCAACAGCCUCAUUUCACGAAGACAAAAGCACCACAGAAACAUCAGAUAUAUCCAAGCUAAACACUCCCGCCGCACUUGUUAGUGGAUUUGAAUCAAAAAAUGCACCUGAGCCAUCUCAGACAUGUGAGGAGCCUGAGCUUAAACCCAAUGAACCUCUGAUGUCUGGAGCAAAGACACACUCAAGGAUGGAGGGAACAUUUCCCAGCUUUAAGUUGGACAGUCUUAUCGCUCCAACCCAAACCACCAAACCAACCGCUGAGCCAAAUUUUGCGCUGCCUACUGCAGCAAACAUUGUUCUACCCAAGAUGCCUGCUGCAAACAAAAUGCAUGAAAGCAACGGUGCUGAAGAGGAAGACGAGGCGAUAUUCUAUGCAUUCGUCAUCUUGCAUGCGCCGGAGGAUGCAGAUAUGGCCGAGAGCAUGAGGGAAAAGCUGGAAACGGUCAUUAGUAGCGAAGGUGCAACUUUCUCAGAGGACUUUGCCACCCCUGGAAAGAGCACUCUGAGGUGUGUGGAAGAUGCUAUCAACAACACAGCCUUUACUCUUCUGCUGCUCACCCGCAACUUCAACACUCGCAUGCUGGAGAUGAAGACAAACUCUGCCCUCAUCAACUCCAUAAACAAGAAGCACAAGUACAACACUGUCAUCCCUCUGCUGCCACGAGAGAAUUGUAUGCCCAGACAGAGCAUCCCUAUAGUUUUGCAGACAAUAGUUCCGCUCGUCGAAAACAACAGCUUUGAGAGAAAAAUACAAAAGUCACUGUCUCCAGCAAGGAUUAAGAGACAGAAGAAAAUCUGGACUGAAGAGCAGAUGGUGAAAAUGCAGAUAGAGAGACAGGAGAGACUAAAGCAAUUAAACCAGCAUCAAAAGCAGCUGAUGAAAGAGUGUGCAUCAGCAGAGAUGGAGCACCUCCGGCUUUUAAUGACACAAAACCUUUUUCUUGGUUCCACCGUGCCUCCAGAGCAGGUUGGCGGUGACAACAGGGCUCUCUGGCCACGAAACAUUCAUAUUGAAAAUGCCAAGUACAUUAUGAUUGGCAAUGACUCUCAGAUGACCGUGGAUUUGGGUGGAGGCGCAGACAAAGACGAUUCAGUUUGCGGAGAGGAGGAGCUAUAAGCUUAAAGGUGAAAAUGUGAUGUUGUAUGAUAAUGUGGUGGGAACGAGGCGGCAUGCAUUUGUCGAGCCAGAGAGAAAUUAUGUUUUUCUGAACACUAAAAUGUAAGAACCACUGUGGGGUAUUCAUUGUUUCACUGUAUUUAAACCUGCUGGGCAAAGACAAUUCAAUAAAACUGUCAUAAGAGCAGUUAAGGGCCAUCUUUGUGAUGUGAGAGGAUUCUGUAAAGAGAGUCUGCUAAAGAGAACCAGCGUUUCAGGUGAAUAUUUAGCAGAAGACUGCCAUCUACUGACAGAUAUGUGGUAUAUACUUCCUGAUCUCAUGAGCUGCAUGAACCCACUGUAGGCACUAGGGAGCAAUGCUGUUUCACUCUCCUCAUUGCCCUUCACAGGAUCUUGGGUGUGCACUGUCAUCCAGUAACACCCCUGCUCUGGUGUCCUAUCUCAUUUCUCUAUUUUCCACAUUGUUACAAAUGUGUUAUUCCUGUCAGGCUGCCUAUAAUACUUCGGGCUGAAAAUGAGGACAGACAGUGGCACAAGCAACCUGGGGAGCAGGGACAGGUAAAAACCCCUUCAAUGACACUUCAUUUCCUGUAGUUUUUUCUUGUAUCGUUAGUAUCUGUUCAUUUUUGUUUAGGUUUUUUUUUCCUCAUGCGUGGUUUUCUGAUGCACUUUGUAACCUUGUAUGUGAAAGAGCUUCAUGAAUAAAUGUUUUGUCUAAUUCUCA